UGUAUCAAGACUGUUCAGGUUAAUAAUUAAUGAGAUGUUCCAUUAACAAUUUUAAUGAGAAUCUGAAUAGUGCUCUUAGAAACACCCUUAAGAAUGUUACCAGCAUUCUUUGUUGCAGUUGGCCUAGAGCGGGAUCCCCUGCCCACCUUACAUUAUUUUUGCUUGGGUUUUAGGGGUUUUUUUUUUCCCCUUCAUUUUAUUUACCUCCCUCUGCUUGCACGCUUCAUCACCUCACCUGAACUCUUAAGAACAACAGCUGUUCAUGCUUCCUUUACCGGGAACUCUUGUGACCAUUAGCCUCCCAUAGCUUUACGUGUACAUCCUUGCACCUCAAGAAGAAAUGGCUUGCGCUGAGUAUUCUUUUCACGUGCCAAGUCUUGAGGAGCUUGUUGGAGUUCUGCAGAAGGGCCUCAAAGAUAACUUUGCUGAUGUCCAGGUAUCUGUGGUCGAUUGCCCUGAUUUGACUAAGGAGCCAUUUACCUUUCCUGUAAAAGGCAUCUGUGGGAAAACUAGAAUUGCAGAAGUAGGAGGUGUGCCUUACUUAUUGCCUCUUGCAAAUAAAGAAAAAGUUUAUGAUGUAAAUAAGAUUGCAAAAGACAUUAAGCUUCCUGGAGCUUUUAUUCUUGGAGCAGGAGCAGGCCCAUUUCAGACUGUUGGGUUCAACUGUGAGUUUAUGCCAAUUAUUCAAACAGAAAGUGAACACAAAUCUCCAGUAAAUGGAAGUUACUUUGCCCAUGUUAACCCUGCAGAUGGAGGGUGCCUGCUCAAGAAAUACAGUGAGAAAUAUCACGAUUUUGGGUGUGCAUUACUGGCUAAUCUUUUUGCCAGUGAGGGCCAACCUGGAAAGGUCAUUGAGGUGAAAGCCAAAAGAAGAACUGGAAAACUUAACUUUGUGACUUGUAUGAGACAGACUCUUGAAAAACAUUAUGGAGAUAAGCCUGUAGGGAUGGGAGGUACUUUCGUAAUUCAGAAGGGAAAAGCGAAGACUCACAUAAUGCCCACAGAAUUUUCUUCCUGCCCUUUGAACUCUGAUGAGGAGGUGAAUAAAUGGUUGCACUUUUAUGAGAUGAAAGCUCCUUUGGUUUGUCUGCCAGUUUUUGUCUCCAGAGACCCAGGGUUUGAUUUGCGAUUGGAGCACACUCAUUGUUUCAGUCAUCAUGGAGAAGGUGGACACUACCAUUAUGACACUACCCCAGACACAGUGGAAUAUCUUGGAUACUUCUUGCCUGCAGAGUUUCUGUAUCGCAUUGAUCAACCAAAAGAGACCCAUUCAAUUGGGCGAGAUUAAAUCAAAUGAAAAAGACAUAAUUAAGGUUAAGUAAUCAACUCAUUGAUUGAUACUAAUAUAAAAUCCAAUAGCAAUGAUCUCACGACUUAAAUCCCAUUGUUUUGGCCAUUAACUGAAAGGUAUGUUGACCUCUGUACUCUGUAUUAUCUGAUAUAUCUUAGAGAUUAUUGGGAACAAACAUACAUAAUGAAAAUGUUCAUUUUUUCAUUCUUUAUUCACAGCAAAAUCAGUCUUAUAUUUAUACCUUAAAUAUAACAUGAUCAGGAAUCACGUGAUUAUACCUACUAUCUACUGGUAAUAACUUAUAUUUGUAUAACAUUAUUAAAUUUUUUAAAAUACUCUCACAAGUCCUAAGUGGAUGUUUCUGGGUAUUAGAAAAAUCAGUGUUGCAAAUGCUGAUAGUUAUUGAAUCUAUAGUAUUAAAUUUUAAAAAUCCAUUUCAGAAAUCAGAGUAUACUUUUUUAUUUUCGUGGAAUAAGGUGGGCAGAGGAAGCAAGUUUCCCCGUUUUGGUGGGGUUGAGCCAUACUCAGGAGUUCGCAAUUUGACUUUCACAAACAUUGGCAACUAGGUGGUUAGCCAUGAUGCCUCCUUUGUUUGGGUUGCCAGUUGGAAGCAGUUUGUAUCUUGUUGGCUAUUUGCCAGAAGGAAAGGGAAAAGAAACAUCCAAAUACAACACUGAAGUGGGUAUACUUUAAUUUAUAAGUGAGGCCGUUGGUACACAUGACACUGUCCUUUGUGAAAUAAAAAAAUUACACUCUUUUACUGAUUGAAAUUGUUGACAUUAUCCUCAGUAUUCUUCUUUAAUAAUCAUUAGCCAGAAAUCAACUGCCUAAUCGUAAUCUUGCUAAUGCUGAGCAUGUGCAGAUUUAGGAGCUCUUUAAUAGCAAACGCAUACUAAAUCUUCAAAAAAUAUUUUUUGAUUGUCUUCUUUGGAUGUUACCUAUAACCUGUCCUGUGAGUAGAAAUUUGUAAAUGUUAUUUUUACAAGAAGCACUAGUUUGAAGCAAAAAAUGAAUAAAAAGUUUAUAUUCACAA